AUGCAUCUUACUACAUUAAUAGGCCUCGCGGCCGGACUUGCUACCCACGCUGUUAAUGCAGCCUGCAGCGGACCCCUCUCGAUUGACGACUUCUCAAAGUGGUCUUCUAAGCAGAACAGCUUGGGCACCUGGACCAGCGAUGAUUCUUCCAUGCCCUCAAUCUCAGCCGCCAACGGUGUGCUCUCCUUCAAGCCCAACGCCACUUCCUACUUCUACGAGACUCUCCCAUGCCAGGCUGCCUCUUCCAAUGGAUACAACUCCAUCACAUUCCAGAUCAAGGGCCCCGCCCAAGGCUCUGCAACCCUGGAGAUCCAGACCAAGGGCAGCUGCUCCGACGCUGCAUACUCGUCCAAGUGGGUUACUCUGACUGGCCUGACCGGAAACACCCAGACCAUUACCAUCCCUCUGACUCAGUUCUCUGGUGCCAAUACCAAUGCCAUCACUGGAUUUGUCUGGUCUACAUUUUCUUCCUCUUCCACCACAUGGCAAAUCAGCAAGAUUGCCUUUGGGUGCAGCUCGACCGGAGGCAACCCCACCUCGACGAGCGCGACCCGCACUACCAUGCAGACUGUCCCCGUCCCCACUGCUACUGGCACCUGCGCCCCCUUGGUAAUUGAUGACUGGGUUUCCCAAUCCCGUUUGACUUUCCUGUUCUACAACGCCAUGGGAUCUCCUACCUCUGACGAUAGCACUAUGACCUCCAUCACCGUUGGAAAGCCUGCCAAAAACCGUGUUGAGUUUGUUCCCAAGGAUGGCUCCUACUUCUACAGCCAGUUCCGUUGUGUUGAUGCCCAGGCCAAGGGAUACAAUGGCAUUUCUCUCCGUAUCAAGGCUCCCCAGGGCGCUUCGCUCAACAUCCAGCUCGAUUCUUCAGACGACUGCGACCCGACCAAGGCCAAGUCGUUCUAUGCUUCCUCCAAGGAUCUCGGCUGGCAGUUCGACGGCUCCGAGAAACUGUACACCAUUCCCUUCGGCAAGUUCUCUGGUCUCAACAUUGCCAAGCUUACCACCGUCCUUUUCUCUGGCUACACUGGUACCACUUCGUUUGGCCCCAUGGCAUUCUACUGUGGCAACUCUGGAGAGUACAUUCCUCCACCUACUCCUUCAGACUCUGGUUCUACUGCCACUGUUCCUGCACCCAGCAAUGCUGCUGCCACUGGCCUCGUCAUCGACAGGUUCGCCAAUGCCAACACCAAUGCCAUGGGUAACUGGCACGGCGGUGACGAGGGCAUGACUCUCAAAUACGCAAGCAACAAGCUCACCAUCACCUCGCCUGAUGCUGACUAUGCCUUCUACACUCAGGUGUCCGGUGGAUGCUCCGACUUCACCAAGUACAAGGGUUCUUACCUUCACAUUGCUUACUCUGGUACCACCGACUUCACUGUCGCCUUCCAGCAGCACAACAGCAAGUGUGACUCCGCUAUUGCCCCUUACCCUGAGACCUGGGACUCUGCUGAGGCCAAGCGCUAUGCUAGCAACGGUCACAUCUACAUUCCCAUCAACCACUUCAACAUCAACCUCAGCCGUGUUGUCGGUUUCGCCCUCAAGGGUUUCCACACCAAGGAGUCCGUCACUCUCUCCCUCAUUGAGAUUGUGUCGUCCGUUCCAUCCACUGUCAAGAUCCCCAGCAAGGAUGAGACUGGUAACCUUGUUUUCGCCUGCAAGCGCCCCAACUCCUUUGCCUUCGCCAUUGACGACGGUCAGCCUGACCUCGCCCAAGAGGUCCUCAAGAUCAUCCGCGAGGAAAACAUUAAGGUCACCUUCUUCACCGUCGGCGCACCUCUUCUCGAUGACUCCACCAAUCUGACCAACGUCUACAAGGAGAUGAGCGCCGCCGGCCACCAGCUCGCCCUCCACUCCUUCACCCACCCCAAGAUGGAGGGCCUCCCCGACUACGCUUCCAUCGACUGGGAGUACAAUGAGGACGUCAAGGCCAUGAAGUCGCAAUUCAACGGCUACCAAUCCAAGUACUUCCGUCCCCCCUUCGGUAACGAGGGUGCCCGCAUGCGCUCGCGUCUCACAAAGGCCGUCGGCAAGGACGCCCACAUUGUCAACUGGAGCGUCGACGUCGAGGACUGGCUGUGGGCCGAGACCGACACCCCCGAGCAGCAGAAGGUCGCCUUCCAGCGUGACGUCAACAAGGGUGGCAACUUGGUCGUGCUGCACUACCUUUACCCCAGCACUGUCAGCUACCUGAGGGAGUUCAUCCAGAUUGCGAAGAAGACUGGAAAGCAGCUUAUGCGUGUAGACCAGUGCAUGAUGGAUCCUAAUGCGCCCCCAUUGUAG